AUGGCGCGUCGCUCUGCUCGUCUCUUGAAGCGCGAGGCCACGCCUGAUGGCUCAACAAAGCCCAACGACAGCCGGCACAACGCGUCCCCUGCAGACCUAGGACUUCCAGAUCUCCCUGAGCUCCCAGAACCAGGCACGGCGACCCCGUCGCAGUCAAAGCCCUCUGAGGGCGUCCAGCCUACGUCGCAGCCGGCGCAAGUACCAGCUAUGGCGACCCCUACGCCCCAUAAGAAUAGCUUGACCAAGCUGCCCGUUGCAGCUACGGAGAUUCGCACGCCCAAGGACCGUACCACUAUCAAGCCUGCAGGUCAGGAAAUGCACCCGGUGCAUCAUCAUGCGAGCACGGCCAAGGUUUUGGAUGAGGCGCGUUGGCUAGGGUUCCAGUCUCUGGGCGCGCACACUGCACCACCAAAGGUAGCUGGUCUGGCGGCAGGCCAGGCUACUCCUUCCAAAACUCCUGUACCCACUACUACAGGCUUGACCUCAAACAUCGAGUCUUCGCCGGAUUUCCGCUUUCGGUUCAAGUCUCCUGUGCUCGAGGGCCCCAAACCAGACGAAGCCGGAUUGAGCCCAAGCUCGCGCAACAUCUUGAAGAGUGCUGGUAUUACAGGUACCCCUGGUGCCGGCAGCCGUGCCUUGUUUGGUACUAGCGAGUGGUCUUCCAAAGCCGAUGUGUCACCCCAACGCAAAAAGGCAGAAGCCAAGGGCAAGCUGGCCCGCUUCAGCGAUGUGCAUAUGAAGCAGUUCAAGAACAUGGAUUCGAUCGCUAACCACCCUUCUGCAUUCCGUGCCGACCCAUCUCGUUUCAAACCUGUUAUUGGCCAGCCGCUUAAGAAAUCGCCUUCAAAGCCAGAACUUUCGAAUCCUGAGACAAACAGACUCAAGCGCACACAGUCCAAGACUGAUAUUGCAGAAUCGAGCACAACUCCUAAUAGUAGUCUGAAGCGCACGCAGUCCAAGUCGACCACGACAGGUUCUGGAAGCAACGUUCCGCCAACGCCAUUGAAGCGUACACUAUCUAAGAUGGAUCUUGCCGGCCCCAGCGUGCCACGUUCUGAGCCUGCGCGUCGCAUGGCGCCCCCGAACCGCGACGGUCGUCCCGCCUCACGAGAUGGCGAAAGCAGUCGUAACCCAACAUCAAAGCGUGUCAAACGCACCGAGUCUGACGAUGCUGCGACUACCCGUCCCGAAUCUCAUGAAAAGAACUCUGAAGAUUCUACGCCUGCGAUUGCAACUCCAGCGCGCAGGAUCACGUCUCAAACUGCGCUUCCCCGUCUGGCCGCCCGCUUGAUGACGCCCACCAGGUCGUCGGCCGCCCGUUCACAAAGCGUUAAGACUCUGAAGACCACCUCGAUGAUUUCAACCUUUGGUAAAUUACCUUCUACAGUCAAAAUAGCCAAGUCAGCGUCUACAGAUCAGUCAUCGUCUCCAUCCAGCAAGCUUAGUCAGAUACGGGCUGCAAGGGAUGGUGCAAGAGAAGGUCUGCGUAAGGCAAGUCACAACCUUCAGCUUGUUCGCUCCAUUCUUCGUACUCCCAACCGCAAGUACUCGAAUGACCCCAACAAGGUCGCAGCAGGCACACACUUGUCUCCCCCGGUGUCUUCGAACUUGGACAAUGCUCUAACCGCUGUUCCAGCUACGGCUCCAGUGAAGAAGCACGUCAAUUUCUCUAGUAGUACUCUGGAGCGAGCUUCGCACGAAGAACUGGGCAAGUCGCCAUCGCCAAUGAAGUUUGGCGCGGGCAGUGAGGUCCCCACCGGUGCCGUGAUAUAUCCCAACUUGAGCGCUGUCGUCAACAAUCUGGAGCUGUCCAAAGAUGCCGAAACCUUGAAAGGUUCUCCAUCACGGCGUCUCGUAUUCGGGGGCGAGGCCCCCAACCAUCCGCGCUCUUUUUCGUUUGAGUCUGGGAAGUCUGUCAACUUUGGCCCUGCAUCAGCCGGCACGAUCCGCAUGGUCCGCAACAGCGACACUUCGUCGCGUGCCGAAGGCAGCAAGCGCAAGCUAGAAACCUUGCAGGAGAACUCUGACAAGGAAAACGACGGCCCUGCCGAAGAGGAGACGCGCUCGUCCAAGAAAGUCAAGCAUGCGUCUGCACCUACUCCAAAGACUCCCGCUCGCACCAACAAGCUGCCACUCGACGAAUUGAAGAAGUCCUUCAAUUUCUUCAACAGCAGCUCUUUUCUAGGCGACAACGUAGCUUCUUCACACGAUACCGAGCAUCAGUCUACAGACGCGCUAUCGAAGGCUAUCCGCUUCCUGCAGAAUCGUGGCCUGAGCGAUAUUACCGAGAUCGUCCUGAACCCUCGCUUUGACGAUCCGACCUACCUUGUCACAGUUGCUAUUGCACUGGCCUCCAUUAUUGUGGGCAUGUCUUGGUUCUCACGCGCUGGUGGGAGCUGGGGAGGGCGUUUUUCGCCAUUUGGCCGCCCUGGCAACUCGCCCAAUGCUGGCGUUGUAAACGACUCCGAUUUCUCGUACAUCACAAACGAAGAUUUGCGUCGGAAUGGACAGGCAUCAACACCUGAAAUUGUAGACUGGGAUGACAAGAACCCGGAGCGAGAAACAGAUGUGCUCAUCUUCAAGCAUGGACGAACCCACUAUCCUACACAUUUCCCGGCGCACAGCAUACGUGAUGGAGACCUCAAGAUCGGUACGAUACGACAGGCCGCGGCGAAGAAGUUGGGCGUCGAUGACUACAGGAAGAUACGUAUGUUCUACAAGGGCAGGAAUUUGAAGCACGAUGAGCGGGCAGGGCGGGAAGAAGGGCUACGUGGCGAUGGCAGUGGUAGUGAGAUUCUAGUCACAGUAGGCGAGGCACCUAUCGGCGGUCACGGUGCUGCUUCAGAAGAAGCACCACCGCGCGCCUGGAGCGAGGGUGAAGAGGAUGAUGACGACGAUGACGACUCCGGCGUAAAUACAUCCGGCAAAAAGAAGUCUCGCAAGCGUGGCGGCAGAAAGAGCAAGAAGAAGGGGGGUGUCUCCUCCGGCAACGCAUCCGGAACUUCGACACCUGGCUACACCACCGCCGGAGCUGGCGCCGAAUACCUCCCCAUCCCUUCCCACAUCAACGCCGCACCCCGCCCUACCUCUGCGCCCCCACAAAACACCUCCAAGCCCGCCCAACCUCAAACCCCCAUGGGCAAACUCGACGCCGUCGCCAGCAAGUUUCACACCGAGCUCGUCCCGCUGUGCAUACAGUUCAUGUCGAACCCGCCCGAAGAAAAGGCGAAAAAGACGUUUGAGUACAAGAAGUUGAGCGAGACUAUCCUCACGCAAAUUAUUUUCAAGCUCGAUGGCGUGGAUACUGAGGGUGAUCCCGAUGCGAGGGUUAAGCGGAAGGCGCUGGUCAAGGAGGUACAGGCUAUGAUGGCCAAGUUGGAUGAGGUAGGGAAGGAAUAA